AUGCACUUCCCAUCCCUCAGGGCCAUCCCAACUGCAGUGCUCGCAGCUGGGGCCCAGAGAGGCUGCAGGCCACGCCGUCAAUUUCAUGCAUCAGCUCGCCGAUGCAGCGGCCUCGGCAACAGCGGCAGACCAUCAGAGGAAUCCGCCACUGAACAUAACGGCGAGGUCGAGGUGCAAGGCUGUGGAGAAGCCUCUGGUGGACGGUCGAGGGCGACAAUAGCGAGCUCGCUCAGAAGUCGACAAGCUCGCCGCAAGCCAGCUUCUGCCCUGCCACCGGUCGAGCUCCCGAACGACUUUCUCGAAUACAAUGUCACGAUAUACGAAGAAGCAAGCCAACCCCGACUCCCACCCGCCUUGGCUGAAGACGCGAAGCGUGAAAAGGUGUCUCGCCUGUUUCUUUCUCCAAGCGCCGACGUUCACGCCUCAAACGAGGUCAUUCAAAAUUACUUCGAAACCGCCAUCGAAAAGCUGCUUCUUCGAAACUGCGAACUAGCCGUCGACUUCACACAACGUCAAACAGAGGAGGACAAGGCCAGAUGGGAGUCCCCAGAAAUGAUGGCCAAAGUCGUCAGAACAUGGGAUAUGAUACUUGACGCUUCGUGGCACCUCGCGGAUGCUCUCUACCCCGCCCGCCAAGCGGAAUAUGUUUAUAAGAAGACGCCAUUUUGGUGGUGGCACAUCCACAAAGACUUUGAUCAUCGGACCAAUGCCUUUCGCGACCAGUUCGUCUCCCUUGGCGUAUCGCUUGACCACAGCCUCACUGCUGGAGAGCAUCUUGAUGUGCCUUUAUCCCAUGCGCUCGCUGGUUUUCAUGUAGAUACUUUUGUGGCCUUGGAAAGUUCUAUCGCGCGUGAGCUCAAGGCGAAGGCGCCCUCAAAUUUCGACGCCAAGACCGGCAAGCGCCCUCUCAACAUACUUUCACUCUCAGGCUAUGGCGGCAAGGCUAUUGCACAAUCGAUUGCUACACAGAUUGCCCAUGGCGGGUUCGAUCUGAUACAUCUGGACGCACAGGAUUUAUCAGUUCUGGUGGGAGAAUAUCUUGGCCAGCACUGGGCGUAUUCGCGUGGUGCAGUUUCCAUGAUGGGCUUCCGCGCGGCUGAGCUCAGUGGCAAACUUGUCCAGGACCCGGAGAUUGCCAUUCGGCAGGCAUCAGAGGAUGACGAAAUGGAUUCGGAGUCGGUUCUGAGCUCCCGCAUCGCAGCUGCAGGAAAUCUGGAAGAAGAACUACAUAAACUCAAGCAAGGGGGCCUUGACUGCUUUGGAAAGUGGGAUGCAUUGAAAGUUGACAAGAUCCUGGAUCAUAUUCUUCAAUCAGCUAGGAUUAAAGAACCGUUAAGCAGUCGGCCAGUGCUUCUCCACCUGCACGACAUCGUUGAACUGUCCAUGACCCUGGAAGGGUCAUUCAUCUUGGCUCGUUUGCGUGCCCUUGCCGACACUGCGUGGCAAAACGGUACUCAAAUCGCCAUAUUUGCAACCUCGUCGAGCGAGAAUCCCUCGGAUGAGUAUCAAAAUGCGGUCCGCGACCUGGCUUUUGGAGAGUUUGUUGUCAGUCGCCAUCUGCAGCCCUAUAAAGGCAAUAUAAUCAAGUCUUCUAAGAAGAUACAAGGCGAGCUACCUGCUGAUUUGCAGACUACUGACUAUUUCUUUGAGAAUAUUGAAAACAUUCGACGAAUGAUGCAGGCUCUCCAGCCAAACAGCCAGGCCACCACAGAAUCUGUCGAGCAGACGUUGCUCGAAUAUUUGCGUUCGGCCAAUACACAGAAAUCAACCUUUAAAAGAGGCAUUCUGCCGAUUCCCGAGGUAUAUCAUCUGGCUCAGGCAUUGAAUUCGAAUAGUGUCGACAUUGAAGGUUCAGCACGCAGCGCAUUUAUGGAGCGAUUCAUCAUGGGGCCCUUGCGACCGCAGGCGGGCCAAAGGCACCUGGAUGAAGAGGUUCACGACCCCAAUCCGUCGGCUGGCGAAACUAUGGGCUCGAAUGAAGACGUCAAGUCGGAAACAACUAGAGCCCCCGCAAAGCUGAAUGAAUACGAGAAACGCAUACAGUCCGGUCUGAUCAACAAAGAAAACUUACGAACCACCUUUGGAGAUGUACACGUGCCUCCCGAGACUAUCACAGCCCUGAAACUUCUCACCUCGUUGGCGCUGGUCCGGCCCGACGCCUUCUCAUACGGUAUCCUGGCAGCAGACAAGAUACCUGGGUGCUUGCUCUACGGUCCGCCCGGAACUGGCAAAACCAUGCUCGCCAAGGCGGUUGCCAAAGAGAGCGGCGCGAACAUGCUGGAGAUAAGCGGCGCCACAAUCAACGACAAGUGGGUUGGUGAAAGCGAGAAGCUUAUUCGCGCCGUUUUUACACUUGCUAAGAAAUACUCGCCUUGUGUUGUCUUCAUCGAUGAAGCAGACUCGUUGCUGGCCAACCGCAGCAUGUUUAGCAAUCGACCUUCGCACCGUGAACACAUCAACCAGUUCCUCAAGGAGUGGGAUGGUAUGGAGGAAACGAAUGCCUUUAUUAUGGUAGCCACGAACCGGCCGUUCGACCUGGAUGACGCCGUUCUUCGUCGGCUGCCCCGAAAACUGUUGGUCGAUCUUCCUCUGCGAGAUGAUCGCGCUGCGAUUCUAAAGUUGCUCCUCCGCGACGAGACGCUAGACGACACCGUUUCCAUUGACGAAUAUGCCGAGAAAACGCCAUACUACUCGGGUUCUGACCUGAAAAAUGUCUGCGUCGCCGCCGCCAUGGCUGCGGUGGAGGAGGAAAACGAAAUGGCCUUGAAGCAUACCGGGGAGGUACCGUUUGCCUACCCGGAAAAGCGUAUCCUCCGCAAGACGCACUUUGAAAAUGCCCUGAAGCAGAUCCCGGCGAGCAUCAGCGAGGACAUGAUGUCCCUCAAGAUGAUUCGCAAGUUUGACGAAGAGUACGGAAACCGUCGGCGGGCCAAGAAGAAGUCAAUGGGCUUUGGCAUCCUGGACGAGAAGCUCGUGACGGAUGCGCAUGAAGCGCGUAUUCGCAAGUAA